AUGAGAGUUUAUAAAACUGAUGGAAGUUACGUGGAAGAUAACGACUCGGAAUUCGGUUGGUACUUCUAUGAAAUUAUGGUAGAUGAAGCUGAUGAACGUUUUGAAAAAACAAGAUUGUUUUCGAAGUUAAAUAAAAAAAUUUCGGAAAAUAUCGAAUCAAUAGAUUUGAUUAAUUUUGAAGACUCGACCUCUGGUCCCGUGAAAAAUAUCAAUCCCCCUAUAGAAAUAGAAGAAAUUAUUGAAGUGGAAUCACGCAAUCGUGGAGAAGAUGAAUCUUUUAAAGACAUCGAUCUUGAAUUUCCUCCAAAAGAAAAGUUAUCAGAGUUAAUCAAUCCCUGUAACACUGAAACUAAGAUGUUGUUGUCUGUUGUGAAUUUUCCAAGAUAUCGUGCUCUCAUGAAACACGAAGCCACAAAUAAACUAAUGGAAAAUUUAAAUACAAAAAGUACUAAUUACAAAAAUCUUAUUAAAGAUAAACGCACAAGCAUAACUGAAGAUAUGGUUAAUGAAAUAGUCAAUUACCAUGCCACGAAAGAAGAUACCAUGAUGUCGCUUAUGAUGGAACUAAUUUUAACAGAUGUUGAUUGCAGUUUAGAAGAUAUUGUAGAAGUAGGUGAAAAAGAGAAAAACGUUUCACAAGUACCUCAGUUUGUUAUAGAAAAUUACGAUUCGGUGAACAAUCUGCCAAGUAUAAGAUCGAACAAAAGCGAAGGUAUUGUACGUAAUAAUUAUCUGCAAUUGCCGAACCGGGAGAAUAUUUUGAGUAGCUUGGGUCUUAGUGAGGAGGAUAAGAGCAUACAGAGUUUCUGCGAGGAAACUUUCGAGAUGCACCAGGAGUUAGCCGAUAUUAGGAAAAGCUUUCAGGAGGACGCCGAUAAAGUAUACGACCUGCUAAAACAAGCAAGUGCCUUAAAAAACGAUUUAAGAGAAACCUUGUACCUCAAUGACAUCAUCAAUCUUUUGAAGGGUGACAUAGAAAAAGUUAAACUGAAGAAGCUCCCCUUCCGCAUAUUUUACGCCCGAAUCGAAGAGGGUGAACCAGAAAUCAACCUCAUUAUAUAAAACUCCAUUCCAGUGUUAUGAUCACAAUCGGAUUAUAAAGACGUAUUGUAAGUUAUAUCAUUGUAUAAAGAAUAGGAUAGUAGGUUAACCUUAUGAGGAUAUCAUUUGAUGACGGGGACGCUACCAAUAGAUGGAGAGUUGGCGGCGUCCACAGCACGUCUUUUCUUACUGUACGUCGUAGUUUGAAUUACGUGUUAUCUUAGCUUUGGUUGCAGAUUUACCCCAACAACAGAUGGCGCCAAAAUUAUUUAAAAUAUUAUAAUCAACCCUUAAGCUGUGUUGUAAAGUUUCUUAUUUUGGGUGCCUAUAGCAAGGUUGCAAUUUGAGGUCAUUAUUGUAUUGUGUUCGUUGUGUUAUUGUUGAGUUUCGUUGGUUGUGCAUUUGGAUUAUUUUUUUAUUUGUGAAUCUUUGAACUUGGAUAUAUAUUUCAUUUUUAAGGUAAGUGCAUAUUAUUACAAUUAAUAUACAUCAUUACUCUCUUAGUUAAUAUAUUCAAAUUAUAAGAGGCGCUAAAUGUAUACAUACUACAGCUUACAAUUUCGGAAAAAACUGUAUAUUUAGUGAACUAAUUACUAAAAUGUAUUUAUAUAACAAAUAAUCACUUCUUCUUUCCAAUUAAAACGUGCCGAUUUCCGGUGAAUGACCCUACCAGAUAUCAAAAAUGGAUCAUACACUCGGGUGAGUUAUUCUUAAGACAAUUAUUUUUCAUAAAGGAAUAAAAAAUAGUGAAUGUGAAUAAAUGUCUGUUUACAAAUGUUCAAUACUAAACAUAAGUAGGUAUUUAAUUAUCGUCAAAUAAAAGAUAAUUUAUCCAAUAGUUUUUUCUGAUAAUGAGUUUAUUUGUAUUAUGGUCGCAUUGCAUAUUAUACGAGUACAAUGAUUUACUACAAAUUCCAAAUCCAUUCAAUCUUAUAAACUUAUCAAAAGUACUUGAAUCAUACCUAAAUUUAAACUUAAGAGCCACCUUUAUAGUGAAGACAAACAAAAUAGAAUAAAACAUUUUUGAAAAUAUUCACAAAAUAAACACAACUAACUAACCGAAUACAGAGGACUGCACUUUAAUAUUUCACAAAAAUUGAAAUAGUAUUUUUUGUUAUUUUUUAUGUUUAUCAACUAAGCACAUAAUAAUAAGGUAGUGUGUCUGUGUGUUUAUAUUUGGAAAUUAUCCUGUCAAUAAGGCAAAAAUUUCACCUGUUCAAGUGUAUAUAGACUGUUUUUUUAUCACAUAUUAUAAUAUGGUUAUAAUACUAUAUUCUAUGCCAUAACAGAUUGACAAAAUAGUAACAAUUAGGGAAAAAAUGAUAAUUUCCUCCAUUCUCAAGUUAUACAUGAAAAUUAUGCUUUUGUUUUAUCCAGCAUAGAAUUUUUGAAUGAAAUAAUAUCAAAUACUAGUUUUAUUUGAAUACAAAUUUACUAUAGACAUGUACCAAUAAAUAUUCGAUACGACGUUUCGUGCCUUCACGAGGCAAACAUAUAGGUUUUAAUGAGGAUAUGCUUAUUUACUAUAAUUAUUAGUCAAUUUAAGGGAUAUAGCACACUUUUAUCUCGAAAAAUUACAUCACUAAUGAUUAUUCUUAAAUACGUUCCUGUCGUAGAUACUCGUUUUGAUUUUGUCACAAAAUGUACUGAGAGCUUUACUUUAAACAUUACCUGGUGUUUUCGAUAUAAAAACGAACUUUUUUAACCAAUGUAAUGUCCCUCCAUAAUAUAAUCACCAUUUUUGUCUAUUGUUCAUUUUUGUUCUCGUAUCUAUUAAGGGUAAGAAUAUAGUGAUGCCAUAUACCAUCUUACGAUUGUUGAAUACUUUCAAUAAAAAUGAAUUUUAGUUUCGCUUUUAUUAUAUAUAUAUAUAUAUAUAUAUAUAUAUAUAUAUAUAUAUAUAUAUAUAUAUAUAUAUAUAUAUAUAUUGCAAAAAACAUACAUUUAACAAGAAAUAAUUUUAUUUGCUAGUAAGUACCCGCUUUUAUGACCAUACAUACUUAGUUCAGAUAAGUAGACCUUUUGCCUGCUUUUAUUAUACCAUUAAACAAACAGAUGGUUUUAUAUUUAACUCAACAAUGAGCUCAGUUUUAACAUUUCCAUAUUAUUUUGUGGUCAAUCCAAAAAGUAUAAAUAGAUAAUACAAUAAAUAAUAUUUUCGAUUAUUAUAACUUUUGGCUCUCCAAUGUGAAACCAAGACCGGUCCUGGGUUAGUAUAAAUACUUUCAAUACAAAGCCAAUGAAUAUAAUAUUUAUAUUAAAAUGAGAUUAUUUAAAUAUCUUUGGUACGUAUAUACUUAUUUGUAUAUUUUUUAUUUCUGAUUUUGUUACAAUUCUUUUGAAUGGUCUUUUUUGUUUGAUUUUAAAAACACUUAUUAAAGAUAAGUAUGAGAGUGUUUUUACCGUUGUUGUGAGCAUACCAAGAAAUUUCAAUGAUGUGUAGAUGUUUUUGAGAAUGAUACACAGGUAUGGAAUUAUAUUAACACAAUUCGGGAAAAUUCUGUCAUUCCGACGAUGAUAUAAGAUACAAUUAGGGGAAUUCCAAAUAAGGGUACUACUAGUCGUUAUUCCAUUUAUGCCCGUUAUUGAAAUGAAAUAAAUUCAAGUUUUUGAACAUAAAAAAAUACUACUUUACCAUAACCAUUACAAUAAAUAUGUAUGUUAACAUUGAUGUUCCUUAUUUCAGGUAAUGCUGUUUGGGCAAACCUAAGCCAGAAAUCACUAAGAAAUAAGCUGAUCUGCAGCAAACAUUUCAAUGAAAAUAUUAGUCAAUCUAAAAGAUUGCCUACUAAUACAAAUAAUCCAAUUGUUUCGUCACAUCCACAAACAUAUUCAAAUAUUGAUUUUAUUGCCUCGAUUCAUUCCAGAAGCAUUGACAUGAGAGGUAGUUCUAUCAGUAACCAUGAAGAUGAAAAGUGGUUGAAAGAGUUACAGAACCUGCCAUCUUGUUCUAUGGGAAUUGGAGGUAGGAAGCAGUCAUUACAAGAAGAAAAUGAACUGUUGAGAAAGGAACUAACCAACGCUAGGAAAAAAGUCAAUAACCUGAAUACUCAAUUGAGAGCUACAAAAAAAAAGGAUUAUGAAAACGCAACUCUCUGCCAACGUUUUGUAUGGAGAAGGAACUCUCACGAAUUUUACAAAAUCUCUUGUGAAUAUGCAAUUACGACAUAAGAUGAAAUCCCCAUGGUUACUAUCUGAAAAGAAAACUGCCCUGUCAUUAUUUUAUAAAGGACCUAAGACAUACAGAUAUUUGCGACAAAAAGGGUUUAUUUUGCCAGCAAUAUCAACAGUGAAAUCAUGGGUUGGCAAUUUCCAUUGCAAACCUGGAUUCGAUGAAAAAAAUUUUUAUGCACCUUACUUUAAAGGCAGAUACGAUGUUGGCUUACGAGAAGAAAUGUAUUCUGUUGUUCGACGAAAUGUCUAUUAAGAGGAAUCUUGAGUACAACAUGAAAACAGAUUUAAUUGAGGGUUUCGAAGAUCUGGGCGAGUUUGGAAGAAAGCCUUUCCCUGCCAGUGAAGCUCUAGUUCUCAUGAUCAGAGGAAUCUGUAGCAACUGGAAAAUUCCUAUUGCCUACUUUGUAUCGAAUGGUGGGGUGUAAUAUGCUUCUUUAUGAUGUAUAAUUACCAAGGCAUUGGAGAAACUUUUGAACAAUAGUUUCAUAUUUAAUAGGCUGUUCAUAUCUUUUUUUGACAUUCGAAAAGUUUAUGAUAUUUAUUUAUUUAUUGAUAAAAGGAGCAAAACAGGAGAGGCCUUAUUGAAACUGACUGAUAAGCACAUCAAUUCGAAUUCUUUCGAAAAAAUGAAGGUUAAAUUAGCUGCCCAAUUGUUGAGUCAGUGUUUAUUCUGCCAUAAUGACAUCUUUGGAAACUGGUGAACUUAUUUCAAGUACAGCUAAAAACACGGCUAACUUUGUUCUAACCAUGAACAAUUUAUUUGAUACCCUGAAUAGUACACGUUUCCCGAGUGGUAUGCAACAAAUGCAAUCUGUUGUAGUCAUAGGCAAUACAUUUUCAAUUUAUUAUUGCGAACUCAGAUUUUCAAAUAUUUUAAAACUUUUUCAAACUCAUUAAAAACUAGAUAAACUAAAAAAAAUGAUAAAUUUUCAAUAAUUCAGCGUAACUGAAUAACCAAUACAUUUUGUAUGUUCCUUAAGGUAUAUUGUUUCUGUUUUUGUUUGGUAAAUCAAUACACAAUCUUUUUUAUGUCGACGUUUCGGUAGCGUUGAUCCAGCUACCGUUAUGAAGAAUAAUGUUUUAUAAAAUUGUUAGUCCCUAGCUGAUAUUAAUGAAAAAAUUCGAAAACUAGAACAUCAAUAAUAUUAUAUAUUAUUAUAUAUAAUAAGGUGGUUUAAGACUGAUGCAAAAAAUUGUCCUAUAUUUUUCAAGGUCCAUUCACAGUAGAUUAUAUUUUCGAUAAAAUAGUAAAUGUGACCCUAUUUGACCCAAGAAUAUCUAGAGGUCAUCGCGAGUAGAUUCUACAUGUACUUUUUUGGGGUUUUACAGUCUUCUUAACGGAGAUUCAGGUAGUUUAGUGGAUUUUGUCCAUUUCUUUCUGUGGUCAAAAAUAAGAGCUACUUUGUAUAUAUUUUCUUGAUAACACAUAGUCGAAAUGGGUCGAGUACUGUUUAUAAAAAAAAUAAUUUCCAGAAAACAAAAAUCUUAGAAUGUGAAUAAUGUUCCGAAGCAACACUAUCAUACUUUUUAACAAACAUUUUGAGAAUUUGAAAAAGUUUUUAAAUUACAAUAAAUUUACUGAAUUUGUUAGCCAUCGAAUUUCCCACUAACAAUAUUGUAGCUGUAAAAUGCACAAGGAAUAUAUACAGGACCGUACUACUUGUAGUUUCUGAUAGUUUUUUCAAACGCUCAGUCUAUAAUUAUUAUAAUUUGAUAUCAACAUUGUUACUUUAUUUAAUAUUUCUGUUCGAUAUUUUCUAAUAAAUUCAUUUACUAAAAAUUUUAGUGUUUUAUUUAGUUAUCUAAUAUGAAGGAUGCAAUUACCUUAGAGCAAAAAUCCGUGAUUCCUGACGUUUAUGCCAAAAUCUAAAAUUUUUUUUUUAUUUACAUUCAUUUAUUUCAAUUUAUUCAUAAUGUACUUCAUAACUUAACAUUGUAUUGAAAAUACAAAA